UGAGACCAAACCAAAUUCCCGAAACUUUCCCUGAUGUUUCGGAGACACUAGACCGGAGCCUCGCGCGCGUCUUGGGGCAAAUCUCGUGUUAUUUGGCGUAAAUGACGUGGAUCAAGCUCUAAUUAGUGCAGAGGAUGCCCAGGCUGACAAAAAAGACAAAGGGCAUGCCAGAGGGCAGUGGUGCCCCUGGUGGUUUGGCAGAGGCAGGCCACCAUGCAGGUCCCUCAUACAGGACACGGGCAAAGAUGGCAGGCUGGGCACAUGGCUCGUGUGUAAGGGAAGGAGUGGGUAGGAAGACGACAAACUCAUCAGUGGAUGCAGAUGGAAAUGAGAGUCUUGAAGCAGAGGGUCACGGGAACCAGAUGGUGCUGGUGCAGGACCCAAACAGAGUGCGAAGAGUAGUUGGCAAUGAUUUAAUACUGACAGACUGCUCAGGUCAUUCUAGAGAGGAGCAGAGUACGUGCAGUUAUUUUCAGGAUAUUCCUUUGAUAGACAAGAGGUCUGGUCUCAAAAUUUGUCCUCUGCAGCAGUGUUACCAGGAUGCAAGGCGAGAGCACAGUCUUGAAGUGCCAGUAAGAUGCAGCAGGACAGACAAAGAUGCAGAGCAAGGCCAGAGGAUUGAAACAACAGGAAAAUGUGGGACAGACAAUUGCUCUGGUGCUAAUGUGGAGAGUGUCAAGGUGCAGCAAACUCCCAUCAUGACUCUCAGUAUUCAGAAAAUCAACUCUAGUGAUGUAUGGAUCACCAGGUGUGUUGGCCAGCAGCCAGGGCAGCACCACCAAGGCUUUGGUGAUGCAAGGACGUCAAGGACAUCCACACUGCUGUCUGUCACAGAGCAGGAUAUGCCCGUGUCUCGAGUAUAUAGUGUUGAUGAUAUGAAAGUAUCAGAUGACAGGAGUCAUGCCAUUGACUCUACAUUGCCUCCACUGCCAUCCUUCCGAGAUGCCUUCAACCCGCCAUACGACAUGACGAAAGGUUACGUUGAUCUAGUGGUGGAAGGAAAAAAUUCAUUUGAAUCCUCCAGCUGUAGAAUGAACAAAAACUCACCAGUUUUUCCUGUCUCUUCUUCAUGCACAGUGCCAAUGAUGUCUGUGAACUCUGUAUGUACUGUGCCUGUGUUGCCCAUAUCCUCUGUAUGUCCAGUACCAGAGGUAUCUGUGUCUACUGUGUGCACGGCACCUUUUGUCACUAGUGCUUCAGACUGUGUGGAUGACAAAGACACCUUGGUGUUGCUACGCAAUGCUGCAUUUGAGUCCCUGUCAGAAGCAAGGGAAAUGGAACCCAACAUCUAUGUAAGUUACCCAAGAGCACAGUGCAAAGUCACCACAGUCAAUAGUGGUUCCAGAGAGAUAAGUAUCCUCAACAGGCAAGACAGUAGCUUGCAUGUAAACAAUAUUGUUGAGAACUGCAUUGUUAGUGAUGGUAAUGACUCUGUCAUUAAUGUGAUCCAUUCAGAUUUUAGUCAUACAAGUGCACAUCAGGUGAACCCCAGCAGUGGGUUGGUCAAGAAAGUGGUGUGGACUGCUCAGAACCCAAGAUUUGCUGUCACAAGUAUCCUACCAAGUGGCAAAGACUCAGAAGGCUAUGUGUAUUCCUUGCAGAAUGAUGAAAUAGGAAAUAAUGUCUGUGCCCCUUUAGAUGUGGAGCAAACAGAGUCAGCAUUACGAGAGCAAGAGUAUUUGUAUGUAGAGGCUAAUAGCAUUGCUCAUGUUGAUGAGGAUUUGAGUAAUGAUAUGUGUCACAGUGAGGCAGACUCAGGCAUGCUGGCUCUCGACACUAUGGGUUCAAAAUAUUUAGCUCCUGGCAGAGAUACAAUUCUUAAUGAAAAUGAAAGUUAUUGUACUUCAGGUGGAACAGAAGAUAAUUUUGGCACUUCCUGCAGUAAAAGAGUGCACUACACUAAAGGCCAAGAUUUUGGGGAGGUAAGACUCCUCUCUCAGGGAGAGAAUGUGUCUGCCUUGCCUCCCACACUGGCUGACUUGAUGCCUGAGGGUGAUGGUGAACUGAAUGACUUCACACCCUCAGAUCAGGAUUACACCUUACUGCCACUCUGGCCAUUCAGUGGAGAUGAGGGAGGCAAUCAUGGAUCUGAGAAUGAAAAGCCACAAGUCUCUGGCAAUGUUAUGAAAAUAACAUGCAAUGAUUCCACCAUUGCUUGUCCAAAAACCACAAGCUCUGAAGAUGAUAAUUUCAAUGUGGGUGAAAUCAAUGAUCUGCUUGAUUCACUCCUCCAUGAUAUCGAUAAGGAAAAACAAAGAAGUCAUACAGAAAUUGAACAUCCCUCUUAUGAAAGUACAAGUGAAGAAACGACUGAGUAUAUUUUGAGAGACACCAGCAGAACAAGGCUUGGUGUAGGGUUGGGAGAGAGUGAGUCUUGCCCCAGACCUGUCUUGGCCCACAUGGAGAAAGACCCAACUAAGGACAUUAUUGUGGCAUCUGAUGCUCUACAAUACCCACCCAAGCCCACCCCACAGAGUCUGAAAGGGAACUGCCUGAUUCCAAACCACUCCAUAGUUGGAAAAGUUCCUCACACUGUAUCUUUUAAGACAGUACCAGCUGUUCGGACAUCUGCCUCACAGAAUGUGGCCUCUGCACACAGGCUCAGUGAGCAGCUCACCACCACCACCACCACCACCACCACCACCACCAAAUGGCUACAGUCACAAGAAAGUAUCAAUUAUGUGAAGAUAUUGCCCAAAAGCUCUUCAAACCGCUGCAGUACAGAGAACCAGAUUGAAAUGUCAUGUCACCAUCCGUCAGCACUGCUGUCAGCUCCACAAACCAAAAGUAACUGUCAUGUUUCCAAUAAGAAGGAGAUGGUUUUACCUGUUGGAGAAACUGGCAUAAAUAUAACCAUCCCAAAGUGCACUCCUGUCAGCAUUGCCUCCUUUGUACUUCCCAAAAACCAUGACCAAAGUACCAGAGCAGUCUCUGAUCACAUGUGGCCAGGAGUGAAGAGCUGUCCAGAGGGAGAGAAUGCUAUAUUGCUUCAAGCCACCAAUGCUCCAACCACAGUGAAGGAUGAAUUGUGCUUAAAUGUGAAGAACACAGAUAUUACCCCAGCAAUAACAAAGUUGAACAAGGUGCCCAUCUUGGCCUCAGCCACAACAGAGUUAAUGCCCCUCUUGUCCUCAGUGCCACUUGUCCUUCUGGCUCCUGUCAGUGAACAGCCUCUCAUGAUCCAUUCCAUAUCUGAAAGCAGCCUUGUAUGCAACAAAAAUGCACCUCCAGUAACAAAUCAUGGAACUCAAGUCACAAGGAAAGCAGGAAGGAAAUGUUGCGUUAGAAAUGCUGUUGGUCCUUUUGCUAUGAAAAGUGAAAAGAUAAAGUCUGCCAUGUAUUUUCCACAAAUCAAUACAGCAUCUGCCUUAGGAAGCAGCAGUGUUGCCUCUUCAAGCACCAUACAGACAAUGGCUCCUAGUCAAAGGAGUGCAGAGACCAAGACUGUGGCAAAUUCACAAAAACACCAGCCAAGAAAGAAACCUUACUCUGAUUCCAUCAAAACCAAGAAAUUGCUACAAGAGGAUCUGAAGGCAUUGCUUCCAGACUUCUCAGAUUCUGUACUCGCCAUUCUUGACUUGCCACCAAGGGCCGUCCACCGCGGCUUUUUCUACAUGGGGGAAGUGAAGGCACUGCACAACCAGGCACUCAGUAUUCAGCUGGAGAUGCUUUACAGAGACCAUGUUCGUUACUGCACAUCAGACACCUGCAUAAUUUGUGUUGCUUUCUUCGACCAGAAGGCAGCUCUCUCAGAGGCCAAGAGGGAAGUGCAUGUACCUGAGAGAGAGAAAACAGGUGACAAGAGGAAGAAGCAAUCAAGAGGAAAAGGAAGGAAGAGUUAUGACUGUGAGGAUGAGGAUGAGCUGCUUUUCAGCUCUCCAUCCCCACAGCCUCUGAAGAAAAAGAACAAUAAAUUUGAUGAAUAUGUUCAUGAGAAAAAUGUUCACUUGAGUAAUAUUAGGGAAACCAAUGAAAUACAUUUAAUUCUACCUGAGAAGAGUAGUCAGGUAUGGGGAGAAGCCAGAAUGAAGCAUUCCAAGUCAGAUAGCAAUGUUCACAAGUCAGCAUCAAGUCAAACUGAAGCCAUCAGAGAACACCCUAGAUACAGCUUUGAUGACUCUUGCCAUCCACCUCACUGUCUUUCCUUAACCCCAUCAAGAACCUCUACUAGACAAAGCCUGUCACCAACACUCAGGAGGUGGAAGGAGUUGGCUGCCAGGAAGGAAGUGCCUCAGAAAACCAGAUAUCAUACAUAUUCCCUGAGAAGUGACCAUUGGGCCUCACUCACUAGAGCAACUCUCGCUGAUUUGAGGUUGAAGCAAAAAUUAGAUAGAGAUCACCUGCCUUACAGUGAGGGGCCGGAGGGAGGAGGAGGAGGAGGCAGGACAGUGUGUGACAGUCUCACUCAGGACCCCAUCAUUGUGGAUAUUCUCUCCUUCAAUGUUGGGACACAUGAUUUGAGUGGGCAGGGAAAGCCUCCUUGCUGUUCUCAGCUCUAUGUUUGCUUCAUGGACAGAAAGUUGGUAUAUGUUCUUAACACAAGGAAGGAAGAUGUGAGUUACAGUGCAAGGAAAUUGUCACCAACAACAAGGAGCAGAGCCAGAGCAAUGGUGAAGCUUGAACAGUAUUCAGGGAAGAGCCCACCAAUACAGGCUGAAGCUGGGCUGCAUCCCUUUAUCCUCGUUGCCGUGCCCUUCGACUCCCUCCUGUCCUUCAACAUCACCUCCAAAACAGUGUUGGUGGUGGUGGGCGCCUUGCCUUCCAUCUGCCUCAUGACUCGGAAGGAAGGCUGCUGGUUGAACCUCCCCAGGAACUAUUCAGUGAGCCCCGCUUGCCAGUCUCAUCUGGCCCUCACCAAGGCCCUGCUGGCAGUGUUCCCCAUGCACCAGCUAGUGCUACAAGACAGGCAGAGUGAGGUCUUGCAGAGGAGCCUGGCCAAGUCCUCUGUGUGGUUCAGACAGAUGCUGGAGCGAUCUUCUCCUGUCCAGGGCAACCACAUCCCCUCAUGGGCCCUCCCUUCCCCUGCUGUGCCUUGUGACCCCUACCCCACAUCCUUCUUCACCUCCACCACCUUGCCCAGCUCACCAUCCUGCACGUCCACCCUUACUUCCAGUUUCACACUCGCCUCCACCUCCACAGGGAUGAGGUCAGCCACAUCUCCGAGCAUCUUCAUGACCAUUUCAGAAGCAGGCUGGUGCGAGGAGAAUACCCAGCAAGGCACAUCACAGCAGUUACAGACCUUGAGUCCCUUUGUGUGUGGUGCAGGAGCCUCCCUUAGCUGCUCUUCAGCCCCCGUCACUGAAGCACCUGUUGUGUCAGCCGUGAAAAACGUCUUACGGGAUAAAUGGUCACUGCAUGCCUUGCCCAUCAGCCGUCCCUUGCAGUAUCCUUCCAAUCUCUCUCAGGAAGAAGGCUGCUCCUGUAAGGGAUUGUGUCGAACAAGAGAGUGUCCCUGUGCCCAGGCAGGUGAUGUGUGCCGCCCCAACCUUUCCUGUUUCUGCCAGGACUGUGACAAUCCCCUCAAUGUGCUGCACACCUUUGGCCUGGAUGUGUGUCUGGUUUACAGAGACAAGUGCCUCAUGCAGAACAUUUAUAAUUAUAAUCUGGCUGGGCUGUGCACCCUGCUGGUGUCUCCUGUGGUGCUGCCGUGCUGUGGAGCAUCACUGGAACUGUUCCGUAUCCUCCCUGGCACAGUGGCAUGCAUGGUGUGCACCACAUCCGUCAGCUACUCCUGGUGCAGUCACCACAUUCACCUGCAGAGCCUUUGUCCUCGUAACCACUGCAUCAAAUGUUGGUGCUGCAAGCCUGUCUUCCACACACACUGCCAGAGGUGUGAGCAGUGCACCAGAUCUGUGCUGCAGGGACAGUGUGCAGAGUGUGGCACUGACUCAAAAUAAGUAAAUUUUUUGUUUGUUUCCUGAAAUAGUUCUACAGAUUAACAUGUUUACUUUGGUUUUCUUACAAGAAAGUUUUUUUUAUGUAGUUUAUUUAAAACUAAUCAUCCUUGAUACACAUAUAUAUGAACAUAUGUGGGCAAGAAUGUAAUAACUUGAGGAUGAAGUACUGAUUGCCAGUACAGAGAUGUGAAACUGUUGAGUGAACUGUGGAUAGGCAGUGUCAACAACCUUCACCACAGUAUUACUUGUCUGUUUAGUGAAGGUCAUGUAAUGAAUCUAUUUCUUGUUGAUAAGCUAGUGAAACUUGCUUUCCCUCUUAAUUUCAUGUGAUUUUGCAAGGACACUUUCAGUCAUUGUGGUGAUAAGACUGUAGAAGUGUUUCUUUCCUUAUCACUACAAACUAUAUAUAUAACAUAAUUAAUUUGUUUCGUGGAAUUGGUAAGCACAUACUGAAUGGAUGCAUGAAUUCUGUAGUCAUUAGCUGUAAUUCAUUCCAACUACCUUCUUGUUUGAGUAAAAAGUAAGCA